CCCGUGUGUAAUCAGAUGAGAGAGAAAGAGAGAAAGUAGAGAGAGAAAACUUCAACAUCACGACAGAAAGAAGGGGAAAAAAAAUGGAGGAGAGAGAGAGGGAGAGAGAGAGUAGUAAAAGCCAGCUAGCAAUGAAGGAGGAGCCUCACCUACCAUUACCAUCACUACUCUCUCUUCUUCCUUUUUAGCCUUUCUUCUUCUCUUCUAUCUUCUUUCAAACCAUUCCCUCUCUCUUCUGCAACUCCACCACACCUCUCUCUCUCUUUCUCAUUCUCUAUAAUUUGAGUUGCUCACUCACACUAGACAAUUUAGUUAGGGUUCUUAGCUACAACUUACAGCACACUAUACUUACAUUCGUUUCGCGCGGGAAUUACAUACGAUUGUGUUGUUAGUACCAAGCCAUUUUGAAUUACAGGAAAAUUUCUUAUUUCGAGAAAAUGAUCGGACCAAACUUCAUGGACGAGAUUGACUGCGGAAGCUUCUUCGACCACAUCGACGACCUUCUUGAUUUCCCAAGCGAUGACGUCGACGCCGGCUUGGGUCCAAGCACCGACAACAAAUCGUUCCCAAGCAUUUGGUCAACUCAAUCGAACUCGCUCCCCGGUUCCGACUCGGUUUUCUCCGGCAAUAGUGCUUCUGACCUCUCCGCCGAGCUCUCUGUUCCGUAUGAAGACAUUGUCCAAUUGGAAUGGCUUUCCACAUUUGUGGAGGACUCAUUUUCUGGUGGAAGUCUCACUAUGAACAAAGAAGACUCGUCCACUUUAAACAAGGACUCAUCCCGCCAACAGUUCCAAACUUCUAGCCCGGUUUCAGUUCUCGAAAGUAGCUCUUCUUGCUGCGGUGAGAAGAGUGGACCUCGCAGCCCCGAAGCCACCACCCCUGGAGGGCGGCGUGGACGUGCUCGCAGCAAGCGUCCUCGGCCAGCCACAUUCAAUCCCCGCCCUGCCAUUCAACUGAUUUCACCAACAUCCUCGGUGAUUGACACCCCGCAGCCAUUUGUUGGCCUUAAGAGCUCAUCAGAUUCUGAGAAUUUCGCUGAGUCUCGCCCAAUGAUUAAGAUUCCUAGACAAAUUCCAGUGGAUCAAAAGAAGAAAAAGAAGAUCAGACUAACUUUCCCUGCACCCCCUACUGAGAUGAAUCAAAAUCCAACUUUGCAAGCAGCAGUUAGGAAGUGUAUGCAUUGUGAAAUCACUAAGACACCUCAGUGGAGAGCAGGGCCUAUGGGGCCGAAAACCCUUUGCAACGCUUGUGGUGUUCGCUACAAAUCAGGCCGGCUCUACCCGGAAUACAGGCCUGCAGCUAGCCCAACAUUCAUUCCAUCAUUGCAUUCCAAUUCCCACAAGAAAGUUCUUGAGAUGAGAAACAAGGGUGGUGAGCUGAUAGCUGUGUCUGGAACUGCGAAUGCGAUGACUUUGAACGAGGCCACCACACCGGAACUUAUUCCAAAUACAAAUAGCAGCAUUUCCCUGGAUUAUAUGUGAGGAACAACUAGGGAAGGAGUUGUUUUCCCAGUUUGGGAAAAUGGUUUCUUUACUGGGCUUCCCUAUUAGUUCCUCUAUUAUGUUAUAUCCGCUUACUGUUUAUUUCAUUUCUUUGUUCAUUGGUUUUUUGUACAGGGAUGGAAUGGGGGGGUUGGCAAAUAGGAGCAAACAUAGAUGACCAUAUAUUUUUAGCUAGUAGAGAAGGAAGGAUUGUAAUGAGAGAACUGAAAAGGAAGAAGAUAUGGUAGAAAAAAGGAAUAUGCAAGUUUAAGAGAGUAGAGAGUUUAGGUUUAGUUUGAUGAUUAGUAAAGUCCUCGAGGUUAUAUUAGGUUUGUUAAGCUCUAUUCUGUGUUUGUCUCUCUCUUUUUUUCUUUCUUUCUUUGUAUUCUUUUCUCGUGUACUUCCUUUUGUAAGGGAAUUCUUUUUGCAGUUCAUUUGUAGUAGCGAAAAUUCUGAGACGAGUAAUGGAAUUUGAAAUUUGUUAUA